AUGAGUGGAAACUCAAAACGGGAAACAGAAGCACAAGGGAAUAGUGAUAGUUGGACGGGAUUGAGUAAUUCUAUAUCAACUAUUUCUGAGGAACGCAAAGGGAGAAGUAACAACCAUUCUAGGAAUACGUUGACCGAGGCUAAUUUAGCUUUAAUUCAAGAGGGUGACGAGAUACGAGAAUUGGAACAGGGAAGUUUAGUAUCGCAUAAUAUCAAGCAGCAGCGAGCACCGUCUGAGGACGACAAGUCGAGUGUGCUAUCGAAGCUAACGUCGCAAGAGGAAGAGCUUGAGAUAUCCGAGCUUUACGUAUCGUCAGACGCCGAGACAGAAAAGAUGGAUAACGAGCGGGAGGAUUUGAACACUGUGAAGAUAAGGGAUUUAGCGGAUAGGGCUAAGAGAGAGGACGGUGAGUGCAAGGGCGAGGGCGAAGUUGAAGAUGAGGCGGUCGGUGAAGAGUAUGUGGCUGAAGAUAGCGGAUCUCAGGCAGAAACUGCAUCCUCGAAUGCAAAAAAGAGACACUUGGAAGAAGAUAAUGGAUAUGGUAAAAUAGAAUCAAAAACGCAGCAGCAUGAUGAUGGGGAUCCAAAUAAGGAUGAUCCGAAGUUUAAAAAACCAAAGUUACCUGUAUCAUCCACGAACAAUAACAAUGGCACUCAAACUUUAGCGUCUACUAUGGAUGUACCUUCUUGUAUAGUAGAUAGAGUAGGUCAAGCGCAGACGACAGAGAACCAGGAUGAUGAUGAACCGGAUGAGGAUGCUGAGGACGAUGAGGGAGAUGAGGAUGCUGAGGACGAGUCGAAUAGCAAGGGCAGUAGCUCCUUUAAAGACACAAAAAAGAAUGCCGAUGAUCAAGAAGACGAUUCACCGCCGAUCGAAAGGGAAAAACUGAGACAGGAUGCCCUGAAGGAUAUCAUUGAGAUUGAAUAUGAGUUCGCAGAGCUGCGUCAGCACCUGUAUGAAAACGAGUUGACAAAAUUGCAAACCGAACUACAAAUGUGCCUGGAGGGGUCACAUCCUGCAUUGCAGACAUAUUAUCAAAAGAUCGAUUCCAUAAGGGAUUCCAAGUUAAAGCGGGCAUACCAUAGGCAAAAAUACGAGCUUCAUUGCAUCGACACGGAAACGAGGGCAGCCAGAACUUUUAUUCAUCAGAAUUUCUACCGCCAGGUUUCGGAUUUGAAGCAUAAUUUACUAAAUGAAACUACACAAAAAUGGUAUGACAUAAAUAAGGAACGACGUGAAAUGGAUGUUUUGGUAUCAGAAGUUAACUAUCAUGUUCCUGUGAAGAUAUCCAAGAAGACGUUAAGCUGUAUCACCGGGUACGCUGCACCAUCACAACCGAGGCGCGAGGGUGACUCGCUAUCAGAAGACAUGGAAUGUGAAGGUAUCAACUUCCGAUUCAAGAACAACCCGGUAGACAAACUAGAGGUUAUAGUGGAUAGAAUGAGGUUGAAUAAUGAAUUGAGUGACUUGGAAGGAUUGAAGAGGUUUUUUGGAGGGUUUCCUGGCGCACCAUCUUUAAACGGGUUAAAAGAUUCAGAAAUUUACGAGGAUUUACAAAGCCUCCAAAGAUAA